AAAAGGUUGAUUGUCUAGUGGGAGAGACUUUCGGUGAAUCAGGAGCACUAAUAGAGAUUGGUUCAUCUUCAAAAAUUAUUGUAGACUCUAGUAUAGUUGAUUUAUCAUUAGAUUCCUCUUUUAACAUUAAUUGGAGCUCUUUAAUUAUUUCUUGA